AGCUUUUUCAGUGUUACACUUUGAUUCACUUCAAACACACCUACUUAGCUACUAGCAUUUCACGCAAUUAAUAACAAUUAAUAAUGGAGCGCUGGCAAAAUCGUGUCGCUGCCGUUACCGGCGCCAGUUCAGGCAUUGGCGCUGCUACUGUAAAGGAUCUACUCAAAGCCAAUCUGGUGGUGGUCGGUCUUGCGCGUCGCUUGGAACGUAUGGAAGAACUGAAAGCUAGUUUGCCCGCUGAACAGCAGAAACGUUUUCAUCCGGUCGCUUGCGAUGUGGCAUCACAAGAAUCGGUCGAUACGGCAUUCGAUUGGAUCAUCAAAGAGCUGGGUGGCAUCGAUAUUCUUGUGAAUAAUGCUGGUGUUUUCAAACCUGGUUAUGCCUCCACAGCGGAACCCGCGGAAUUACAAAGUAUUAUACAAAUCAAUCUGAUGGGCGUGGUUUAUUGUACACAACGUGCCUUCAAAUCGAUGAAAGAGCGAAAUUUCGAUGGUCACGUUGUGGUGGUGAAUAGUGUUUUGGGUCAUAGUGUACCCAUAACUUUCGGUAGCAAUCAACCACCAAUAAUGAACGUCUAUCCGGCAACUAAGUUUGCGUUAACAGCACUAACGGAGAUAUAUCGUCAGGAAUUUCGUGGUUUAGAAACAAAAAUUAAAAUCACGAGCGUUAGUCCCGGUUUGACUGAUACGGAAAUUGUACCAGAAAAAUUUAAGGGCGCUGAAGUGCCUAAAUUGAAAUCGGAGGAUAUUUCCAGUUGUAUUCUCUUUACACUGUCCACGCCGCCUCACAUGCAAAUACAUGAGAUUACCGUUAAACCAACAUUGGGGGAAUAAACAGACGGUGUACCUUAUUUUUUUUCAGAGUAUUUUGGAAGUGCAUUUGAAAAUUAAUAA